CUUCUUUGGGUGCCCUCAGCCUUGAGAAUGGAGUAGCCUCACCGCCUCACCCCGCCGCCCUCGUGUUUGCAUGAGAAUGCAGCUGCUUCACUCACCUGCUCUGAUCUCGCUUGCCAUCGUUGUCGCCUGCAUCCUCCCUCUGCCAGCUGUCGUCCUCGCAUCGGUCCUCGCCCAAUCCGCGCACCAGCACACCCAUCUCCCACUCACCUUCAUCCCACAGAAGCAGCGAAGAGGAAGACGCUCUCGUCGCACAUCCAGGCGCAACAGCAGCAGCAGCAGCAUCAGCGAAUCCGACAUGAGACGCCGACCCACAUCUAUCCCCGCCCCCCUUUGGCAAUCGAUGCUCUCCUCCGCUACACAGGGCUUUAUCGCGCCCAUGGCGACGAGAAGGCAGUUGUCUUCCUCGACGAGGAAGCCCCUGUUUGUGCCGCCGUCAGUGUCCAAGGUCAUCCAGAAGAUAUCCAUCCGCGAUGGGGCCGGGGCAGAGUCCGAGGCGCGCAUCGCCUCCCGGCUGUCGGAGCUGAGCUACCAGAGUGAGGGUGCUCCUGUGACGGCCGAGGUGCAGGAGGGAGGCGCCAGCGCAUCGGUGGUGGCCAGGCCGACGUAUGACGUGCUCAACCCACCACCUGGACCAUCGCCAUUUGACCAGGUAGGUACCAGAGGCUGGCUGCGAUCUGAUCUGUCGAUUGAUUCAUCGAUGGGUGGGGUGGAUGGAUGGAUGGUGGCCUUGCGUGGCGUGCAGGUGAAGGAUGAGUUGGACAUGCUGGCGGACGACGUGCGGGAGCUGGUGGACACGGACCACCCCGUGCUGAAGCUGGCGGCCUCGCACUUUUUCUCUCUGGCUAGUGGCAAGAAGUUCCGGCCCACCAUAGUGAUGCUCAUGAGCCAGGCAGUGGAGCGCAUCGGCGAGCCGAGAGAUGAAGACGUCUACGAGAGGCAGAGGAGACUCGGACAGGUCAAGAGGGAAGCGAACAACACAACACAUCAGAGAGAGAGAGAGAGAUAGGCAUGGUGUGUGUGCUGUGCGGGUCAGAUAACCGAGAUGAUCCACACUGCAUCUUUGAUUCAUGACGAUGUGUUGGACGAGGCGGAGACCAGGAGGGGCAGCGACGCCGUGCACAAGCUAUUCAGGUCAACCACACACCCCACACCACGGAACAUACCCACCCAUGCUAUGCCCCACACGAGUGUCCCUUCGUUCUCUUCUCCUUCAGCAACAAAGUUGCUGUGUUAGCUGGCGAUUUUCUCCUCGCACGUGCGUCCGUCCUGCUGGCCAGACUGGGAAAUGGUAUGUAUGCCAGUGAGUGGCAUCCUCCCCCACACGUGCCUCUGCUGUCGGUUCGGUGGCCGCAUCUCACCCCACCCCUCUCUCUUUGCUUGCUGCUGUGGUGUGCCUGUCUGUCAGUUGAGGUGGUAGAGGUGAUGGCGACCGCUUUGGAUGCGCUGGUGACUGGCGAGGUCAUGCAGGCCAAGGCGCAGCCCACUGACCUUGAGUCAUUCGACUGGUAUGCACAGCACAGCACACAGGCAGACAGACAGACAGACAGAAACAUGUGGAUGGACUGAUGACUCACUCGUGUGGCUUGACUGCCUGCGUGUGUGUGUGUGUGUAGGUAUGUCCGAAAGUCUUAUUUCAAGACUGCCUCGCUCAUCGCAUGCAGCUGCAAAUCAGCCGCACUCCUCAGUCAGCAUGAAUGACCACACUCACGGCACGGCACGGCACACCACACCACUGAGGGAUUCUUGCCUGCCUGAGCCAUCCGUGUCGGGUUCCGUCCUGUUUGCCUUCUCACUGCCUUGCAGGUGGUUAUGGGCAGGAGAGCGAGGAGGUGAUAGCUGCCGAGAAGUUCGGCUACCACCUCGGCCUCGCCUUCCAGAUCGUCGACGACCUCCUCGACUUCACACAAUCAGCUGACCUCCUCGGUGAGCCAGCCAUUCAACGAGCGAGCGAGCCAGCCUGCACCGCACCAAGCACACAUCUAUCUGUGUGUGUGUGUGUGUGUGUAUUGAUUUGAUAUAUGUCAGGGAAGCCAGCUCUGUCGGAUCUGAAGAAUGGCCACGCGACGGCUCCCAUCUUGUAUGCGGCCGAGGAGUACCCCGAGAUGGGCCCGUUGAUACGGAGGCGGUUCAAGGACAAGGGCGACGUGCAGACCGCACACAAACUGCUCAAACAGUCAUCGGUCAGUCAGUGCCACACAUGGGGAAGGGCAGAGGUCUGGUGACGGAUCGGAUACCAUUCUGCCUGCCGUCCUUGCCUUGCGUGUGGUGUGCAGGGUCUGGAGAAGACCCGUGAGCUGGCUCUCUGGCAUGCGAGUCAGGCUGUGGAGUGGCUGUCGAGCUUCCCCGACACCCCCGCCAACCAGGCCCUCGUCAGGCUCACCACCCAAGUCAUCACACGCAUCAAGUAAAGUGACCGACGGGCGUGGCGUGUGGUACCUGUGGUGGUCUGCCUGCCUGCCUGCCUGCCUACCUGGAUGCCGUGUGCUGCCUGCGAAUGAAGUGCAGUCGGUCGGUCGGCGCUUGUGUUAUCUUUUUGGGCGGGGAGGGAGGGAGGGCGGGCGAAUGGAUGGGCACACGAGUGUGGGUGAAUGGAUGGAUGGAUGGAUGGACGAGACGAGUGGGUGCGUGACGUGAAGGGGCAGACAAGGCAAGGGCAUUGUGGUUGGUUGGUGUACAUAUCACUCACUCACUCUCUCACUCUCACGGCCAGCCAACCUUGGUUGGGCUCGGUUGGUUGCCUUAUUGUGCUGUGCUGUGCUCUCAACACGACAGACACACUGAUGUUGGUUGAGGUUUUGUGACUGAAUGCAUGGUCAAUGGUGAGUGGUGAAUGGUGGGCAGGUGCUAUGCACGCCGUGAUUCAUCCAUCCUUCCAUCUAUCUGUUUUUUCACUGUAUAGACCCCCUGCAUCCACAUACUCGCUGGCUGCGUGAAUGGCGCAAUCGUUCGGACGGACACGUCGCGCUCUCCACACACAUACACACACACACAUGCACACACACACGUGCACGACCAGCGUGCAGCGCGUUUGUGUGGGCGUUAGAGCUUGGCGAUGGCAGCCUGCCUGGUGUGUGCGUUGUCCGUCCGUUGUGUGGAGACUGAGUGUGAGCGCCUUGACGCGACAAUGACUCGACUCAACUCAAGUGAACAGCAUUGACAACGA